CGAGGUCUGCCUUCAGGCCUGAAUACAAACAAUAUCCUCCUGAUUGCCAUUUCUGACCCCAUUCUUUGGGCAUCCCCAACUCCCUGUGCUUAAUCCCUAUUCCACGUAGCUCCAUUCAUUUAUCAAAUCAAGUAAUUACUGUCUGUGAUGUGCCACACACUGCUCUGUCUAGAUACACAGAAGUUCACAGAACAGCCUAAAGUCCCCAUAUCCGUGAAGAAUUGCAUUACGCUUUAUUCUGUUUCUGGAUCAGUCUCUUCCGCAAAAUUUGGAGUUCCUGGAGGAAUGAGACAAGAUCUGACUCCUGUGACCCACACCCUGGCAAUUGCUUAAACAAAACUUGAAUUUUGAAUUGAGUAAAUUACAGCCUCCCAUUUCCUUGGCUCACACCAUGCCCCCAUAUCCUGAUACAAGGAGUUGGAGGAGAGGUCACCAAACCCAGUAGCUGUCAUCACCCCUCAAAUCAAGACCUUGGGGUUCUGUAAAUUUAGGGCUCAUGAAGGGUAGGAGUCAGCCCCACCUUGUUCCUGCAGCUAGUAACUUGAACCACAUGUCUCAGGUAACAGCAGCAGCUUCUGCAUCAAUAAUUGAGAGCAAGUCCAGCCGGCCUCAGAGUUCUCUGGCCCUGAGGCCUCCCCCUCCUGUUCUAGGCUCUGAUCUUCCCCAAGCAGAAGUCUCCAGCACAGAGCCCUGGUAGGGACUAUGUCCCCCGCCAUCGCACUGGCCUUCCUGCCACUGGUGGUGACAUUGCUGGUGCGGUACCGUCACUACUUCCGACUGCUGGUGCGUAUGGUCUUGCUGCGGAGCCUCCGAGACUGCCUGUCAGGGCUGCAGAUUGAGGAACGGGCCUUCAGCUAUGUGCUCACUCAUGCCCUGCCUGGAGACCCCAGUCAUAUCCUCACCACCCUGGACCAUUGGAGCAGCCACUGCGAGUACCUGGGCCACAUGGGGCCUGUCAAAGGUCAGAUCCUGAUGAGGCUGGUGGAGGAGAAGGCUCCUGCUUGCGUGCUGGAGCUGGGCACCCACUGUGGGUACUCCACGUUGCUUAUUGCCCGUGCCCUGCCCCCUGGGGGCCGCCUUCUCACUGUGGAGUGGAACCCACGCACCGCAGCAGUGGCUGAAAAACUCAUCCGCCUGGCUGGCUUCGACGAGCGCACGGUGGAGCUCAUCGUGAGUAGCUCAGAGGAGGUGAUUCCACACCUACGAACCCAGUACCAGCUGAGUCAGGUAGACUUGGUGCUCCUGGCACACCGGCCCCGACGUUACCUGCGAGACCUGCAGCUUUUGGAGGCCCAUGCCCUGCUGCCAGCUGGUGCCACUGUACUGGCUGACCACGCGCUGUUCCCUGGUGCACCCCGCUUCCUGCAGUAUGCCAAGAGCUGUGGCCGCUACCGCUGCCGCCUCCACCACACUGGCCUCCCAGACUUCCCUGCCAUCAAGGACGGCAUAGCCCAGCUCACCUAUGUAGGGCCUGGCUGAGGUCCAGGCCCAGGGGCACUUUCUGCUGCCUCUCCACCCCCACCGAAGCAAGGACCUCAGAACAUCCAUUCUUCUCCCUGCUUGUGGCCUGACACAUGCUGGACUCAGGGCUGGGGAGGCUGUCCUCCAACCUCUACCCCACUCCAGUUCUACACUGACCUGAGACAUCAAGUUCUAUCAGGAUGCUUGGUUCCAUUGCCCCCCUCCUUCCAGAGAGCCAUGGAUUGACAGGCAAGAGACCUGGGCUCCCAACCCAACUCUAUCACUGAUUUUCUGGGUGACUCCAAGGGAGUCCCUGUGCUGCCUGAAGAUUUAAUCUCUCUUAACACCAAGGAAGCUAGCUGGAAAAUCUCCAGGGGCCUCCUAGCUCUAGGCCUCAGAAGCCUUCCCUCCUCAGCCCAUGCAAUUCCAGUUAGGAUCAGAGGAAACAGUAAACAUUGAGUUAGAGGCUCUGAAGGAAUGGGUACAAGCUGAACCAGAGAAAAUGGUAAUGGAGCCUGGGCCCAGGGCCAAGGCCACCUCUAGCCCUGGACAACAUGAUCCAGUAGGCUUGCCUGAAGUCCCUUGUAUGCCCUCUCCCUGAAGCUCAAGAGAAGAUGCUGGAUU